AUGAACGUGUCUGGGCAGAAAAUGAUUCUUGAAAACUUAGACCUCGACCUGAGCUAUACCAUAGAAGAAUUCGAAUUAAUCAACAAACAACUCAAGACAAGUUCCAUUGAAAUUAAAGGUCAACCAAUAGACCUCUUUGAACUCAAUGAAAACGGCAAACUUAUACCUAUGCCACAAGUAACUGUUGAAUUCGAAGCCGUUGUUGGUGAGAUUGCAAGACAACUCGGAAAUUGGAACGUAUGGAAUCGUCAGGAUGGUAUUAUCACAACUUCGCAAGGAGGAUACGACUUUAACGUUGGUGGUCAAAGAAAAAUCGAUGCUCCAGAUGUUGCAUUUCUAUCUAGGGAAGUAUAUGAUAGCUUGACUAAACAGCAACGUCGAACUUUCCAGGGUCCACCUUUCUCCCCUAUAUUCGCUGUUAAAGUCGCAGACAUCUCAAAGCAAUCAGAUUUCGAAAGGCUGGAUUUUAAAAUAAAAAAUGAUUAUUUCGCGAUGGAAUCGUCUGUGCGCCUUGCGUGGUUAAUAGAUCCAGUGAACAAAAAACUUCAUUUAUACAGGAGGGGUAUGAGACGAUAUCCAUGGGGAUGGAGAGACAUCGGUGGUGACGACGUUUUACCGGGAUUUACAUUGGAAGUGUGGAUGAUCGAUGAAGUUAUUAAGAAAGAAUUAGAAUCGGGAAGUUCAGGAUCAUCGGAAGGGCAAGGAUUAUCAGAAAUGCAAGAAUUACCAGAAAGGUCGGAACCUUCGGAAAUGGAAGAAUCACCAGAAAUGUCGGAACCUUCGGAAAUGGAAGAAUCUUCAGAAGGGUCGGAAGUUUCAGAAGAAUCUUCAGAAUCAAACCUCGACUGUCCUAAAUGCGAUGAAAUCUUCAAUAAUUAUUACGAUUUUAUGAAACACGUCGAAAGUGAACAUAUACGGCGUAGGCGUAGAGUUUAG